CCUAUUUAAACUUGGAGUUCGGCUCUGCGUGUGCUGAAUAGGUCAAACGACUUCUCUUGUGAAAGAUGUCGCGGUGCCUCAAAUUGUUCAAAUUUGCUCUGGGUUCUUCGCCAAGGGCCCAUUGCAGGUUUCUGUCUUCUGGGCGAGGAUUGGGUUGUAGGGCUUUCACGAGCACGUUCAGGGAAGAUGCCCAAGUCAGGCAACAACAGAAACAGUGGUCCCACACCCACAUGUGGAAUCCCAGCAAUCCAAGCCUCGGUCUCACCCAGUACUCCUACUACAGCACCAAGGAAGCUGAGAAAGAGACAGAGAAGGUUCCAGAAGCUGAAAAUAUUCUAGAUGCACAGGAUAAAGCCCCAGAGGAAGAACCCCUGCACACUAUUAUUCAAGACACAGAGAAUGUCCAAGGCACCUUUUCCAAACAUGAGUUCCAGGCUGAGACAAAGAAGCUACUAGACAUUGUGGCUAGAUCGUUGUACUCUGAGAAGGAGGUGUUCAUCCGUGAGUUGAUCUCCAAUGGUAGUGAUGCCCUGGAGAAGUUGCGCCACAAGCUGAUCACAGGAGGGGGUGAUACUGCUCCCAUGGAGAUCCACCUGCAGACAGACCAGGCAAACGGCACCUUCACCAUUCAGGACACUGGCGUUGGGAUGAACCAGGAGGAGCUGGUGGCCAAUCUUGGGACUAUUGCUCGCUCCGGCUCCAAGGCGUUCCUGGAUGCCCUGCAGAACCAAGCGGAGGCCAGCAGCUCCAUCAUUGGUCAGUUCGGUGUGGGUUUCUACUCUGCCUUCAUGGUGGCCGACCGGGUGGAUGUCUACUCCCAGUCCGCCGAGCCCGGUUCCCCUGGAUACAAGUGGUCCUCUGACGGCUCUGGAGUAUUUGAGAUAGCCGAGGCCAGUGGCGUCCGACCCGGCACUAAGAUCGUUCUGCAUCUGAAGGAUGACUGCAAGGAGUUUUCUACCGAGGACAGAGUCAAAGAGGUGGUGACCAAAUACAGCAACUUUGUCAGUUUCCCCAUUUUCCUGAAUGGACGGCGACUCAACACGCUUCAGGCCCUGUGGACGAUGGAGCCCAAGUCCAUCAGCGAGUGGCAGCACCAGGAGUUCUACCGCUACGUGGCCCAGUCGUACGACAAGCCCCGCUACACCCUCCACUACCGCGCCGACGCUCCAGUCAACAUCCGCGCCAUCUUCUACGUCCCAGAAGUGAAGCCGUCCAUGUUUGAUGUGAGCAGAGAGAUGGGCUCCAGUGUGGCCCUGUACAGCAGAAAGGUUCUGAUCCAGACUAAAGCCACAGAAAUCCUGCCCAAAUGGCUACGCUUCCUCAGAGGCGUGGUGGACAGUGAGGACAUCCCCCUGAACCUGAGCAGAGAGCUCCUGCAGGAGAGCGCCCUCAUCAGGAAGCUGAGGGAGGUACUGCAGCAGAGGAUCAUCAAGUUCCUACUGGACCAGAGUAAAAAGGAGCCGGAGAAAUACGCCACGUUCUUCGAGGACUAUGGCCUGUUCAUCAGGGAGGGCAUCGUCACCACCCAGGAGCAGGAUGUCAGGGAGGACAUCGGCAAGCUGUUGAGGUUUGAGUCGUCGGCGCUACCCGCAGGCCAGCAGACAAACCUCAUGGAGUACAGCUCCCGUAUGAAGGCCGGGACACGGAACAUCUACUACCUGUGUGCCCCCAACCGCCACCUGGCUGAACACUCGCCCUACUUCGAGGCCAUGAAACAGAAAGACAUGGAGGUGCUUUUCUGCUAUGAACAGUUUGACGAGCUCACCCUCCUGCACCUCAGAGAGUUCGACAAGAAGAAACUCAUCUCUGUGGAAACGGACAUUGUGGUGGACCACUACAAGGAAGAGAAGUACCAGGACAGCAAGCCAGCAUCUGAGCGUCUGACAGAGGAGCAGUCUGAGGAUCUGAUCUCGUGGAUGAGGAACAACCUGGGCAACCGAGUCACAAACAUCAAGGUGACACCUCGUCUGGACACCCACCCGGCAAUGAUCACGGUGCUGGAGAUGGGUGCCGCACGCCACUUCUUGCGAACCCAACAGAUGGCCCGCAGCAACGAGGAGAGAGCCCAGAUUCUGCAGCCCACUCUAGAGAUCAACGCUGGUCAUGAUCUCAUCAAGAAGAUGCACUCACUGAAGGAGUCUGACUCUGAACUCGCUCAACUGUUGCUGGAACAGAUCUACGACAACGCGAUGAUUGCAGCCGGCCUCAACGAUGACCCCCGACCCAUGAUUGCCCGCCUUAACGACUUGCUGACAAGAGCGCUGGAGAAACACUGAGAUUAUCACUUCCUGUCACCUGUCUGGUCUACAGACAUGUCAUUUUAGUCACUGUGUUAGCCGCAUUGCCCAGAGCGACUGUUCAGAUUUCUCGGAAUUGUAGGGUGUGCUGGACACAGAUGUUUUCAUUGGUCAAAAUACCCAGGUAGGGCUGGCCUACAUAGUCAUGUGACCAUGUGUACUGGCUCUACGCACUGUAGUUAUUGCCCCAUCAAUAAAGCGCUUCUUUGAUGACCUUUACACAUUCAGGCCUGCCCAGCUACAACCUAGAAAAGUCCCUUCAACAUAAGCUCUUUGUUCAAGGAGAACUGGCAGGUUUUGUCCAGGACCUGGCUCAGGCAGGGGGGGUGUUUUUCUGGUACUCCAAUACAUGUCAGUUUUUUUAUUUUUUAUUCUUGUUGAGUCAUGGAGACAUGUACAGGUUUGACUGAAGUUAUGUGCGCCAUAACCAAGUAAGAAAUGUAAUAUCUGAGGAAUGGGUCAAGUAAGCCUCUUUUCCAUUGAUUGGUGUAAUACUGUUCCAUAAUGUGCAUACAAUAUAGAUCAGAUUUCAGUAUAUUUAAUCAUUGAUCCUUCUUGUCACUAGGAUUAGGUUUCCUAUUUUGCACCAUUGUUGUUACUUCCAAAUAUUUGACCCUAUCUUACUCUGAUAUUGAUUGUUGUGGCUUAAACAUCAACCAUAUUCUUGUCCUGAGAUUAAUAUUCAAUAUUUUAUCUGUUUGAAUUUGACAUCCUAGCAUGGUAUUAAUGUUUGGCUCAACAAGAACAGACAUUUAAGAGCCAUACUGUUAAGUAUGAUGCUGUUCAAUUGUGAAUAAAACCCAUUUUGUGAA